UGAGCUUUUGAGAGAAAUUUCUUCUUUAAGUAUAGAGAAACAAGGGAAUAAGAACAUCAGUAAACAUUUAUUGAAAUUUCUAAGCAAAUAUAGGCCGAAGAAGCCAUUAAUUUUUUUUGUAAAAUUUAAAAAAUCUGGUUACGUAAACCAUUAGUUGUUGGCAGCGUCAAAUUCCCCAUAAUCUGUCAAAAAUCAAAAUGAUUUCCAAAACAAAAAAUUUGUAAUUAAUUCGAAAAAAAAUGAAUUUGCAGACACUUUUUCAAGACUUUAACCCCAGUAAAUUUGUGGUACACACGUGCCUGUUAACAUUUACGGCCCUUUUUGCAAUACGUCUCGAUGAUUACGUAACGUGGUCUUAUUGGUGCGUUUUUGCACCGAUUUGGAUAUGGAAAGUUUUAGUGAUUUUGGGGGCCACAGUGGGGAGUUAUGUUUGGUGGCGAUAUCCCCAUUUUAGGCUUGAUUGCGAAGCUUAUAUACAUUACAAAUCAAUGUUGAUUUCGUUAGCGUUACAUUUGAUAUUAUUAAUGUUCGAAUUGCUCGUUUGUGAUAAAUUAGAAUCAAAUAGACAUUUGUGGAUUCUGGUUUUUAUACCGUUGAUUUUCAUAUCGAUUGUUAGUAUCGCGGUGUGCAUAUGGGCCGUGAAGCACGACCGCUCAUUUGAGCUGGAAUUAUUUUGUGCUGUGAACGUGUUACAAUUUAUUUUUUUGGCAUUGCGUCUAGAUGAUUUUAUAAAAUGGUCAUGGGAGGUGGUUUUUGUCCCAUUAUGGAUUGUAAUGUGUUUAUCACUUGUCGGUGUUUUAUACACGAUUAUUUUUGCUGCGAUUUUAUUACGAACUCCAGAAGUUAACGCUCAACAGAGACGUUCUAGCUUUAAAUCAGCUUUAGGUUACACUUUUUUAGUCAUCCCAAUAUUAAUAUUUCAAGUAUUAUUAGCCAAUAAAUUGGACGGAGAGAUUCAUAUGUCGUAUACUGCAGUUGUUAGUCCCUUGUUUAUCUCAUUUAUUACUUUAAUUUUGAUGUCUUUCAGUGCCAAAGGGGGCAAUCGAUGGUGGUUUGGUAUGAGAAAAGACUUUUGUGGUUUCGUUCUAGGGGCGUGCCCCCUUCUUCAAGAAUACGCCAAUAUUGCCUAUCACAGUGAACGGCGCACAAACGGUGUUGAAUUACAGACACAAAGUGAAAAGAGUGAUCCAAUGAAUGUGAAAAAAACCGAUUUGUUAAAGCCAGUUUUGCCCAUCAUUUCCAUUGAAAUGCCCGACUGAUGUGUGCUUCCAAAUUUUUGUAAGUUGGCCAAAAUUUUCAACAUUUUAUACGACGAAAUUUCUUGCAUUUAUUAUUACUAAUUCAGCACAAUGUUUUAAUUUAUUUUGAGUAAGUUUAAUUCAUUUGUACUUACCUGAUGUUUAAAUAUAAGUUUUUAAUUUGAAAAU